AGGCCUGGGGACCCUGGUGGCCGCCCCCUGCAGAUACUGGGGGUCACCUGAGGGUUGGCACUGAGUGAAAGGACCCCAGACAGCCACCAAACCCACUGGGAGCCAGCGGGGACCUUCCUGAUCUGUGGUGUCAGAGGGCGGUGGCCCCUGUCACGUGCCCCGGGGGCAGGGCUCCCAGGACUAGCAGAGCAGGGGAAGGGGACCUUGGGGCCUUCCAAGUCCCACGAGUCCCCAGGAGCUAGACCGAGUCCUGCUUCCAGCUGAGCUGGGCACAGGGACCAGACGGCCCAAGUGUGGCCAGGCCUGCGUCCAGGGCUCACGGGCCACAGGGCUGUGUGUCGGGAGUGGUCUCCCUGGGAACGAGGGUGGGGACAGCGGUGUGUGAGGUGUCCCUGUGGGUGCUGUAUGUGCCACCAUGUGUGUGCGUGACAGAGAGUGUGAGGAGGUGUCUGCAUGCCCAUGGGGGGGAUGUCACUAGGCAGGGGCCCCGGGAGCUGUGCGUGUGUGUGCGUGGAGAAGCGUCCUGUGAGUGUCCACGUGGGCAGCAAUCAGGAGGACCUUCCACGUGACACCUGAAGGUCCCCAGGGUGAGCGUCACUGUCCCUAUCUGGGUUUGUCUCUUGAGGAGACAAGUUUGAGAUGGAAGUGGUCACCCUCCUCCUGUCACUGGAGUGCAGGUAUACAGUAAGUGCUCAGUGAGUGCAUGGACAGAGUGACUGGCUGUGUGCAAACUGGCCCAGAGCAGGUGUCUGAGGACCUGGCUCCGAGGACAAAGCUACCUCGGUCCCUUCUGACAGUUGUGGUCCCUGCUCAUCCUGGUCACCUGGUCUGGGCCUGGGUGCUGAGCAGGUGCUCACAGACUCACUGGAGGACCAAGAGACCUGGGGACAGACGACCACACUGCCUGGGGCUUGGGGUGGGAGAGACCCCGCAGAGCGACACCCAGACGCCCGCUCUGGCCAGGGUCCUCAGGCAGCGCCUAGAGAGCCCCGAGAACCCCACUUCAGGGUGCCAUGGGUGUGGGGAGAAGGCACGGGCUUUGAGGCCAGGCCAAGUUUGUGCCUUGGGAAGGUCCCCUCUGUAAGUGGGGCUCCCAGUCCCCAGGGUAGGUCUGAGCGAGUGCUGAUGACUGACCCAGGGAGCCACAAAGCAGCACAGUCCCAGCCCCUCUAAUCCCAGCAGGCCACCCCGGGGACCCUGUGACCCAUUCUCCUUUGGUCUGAAGCCAGACGCUCCCGAGGAGAUGGCGGAACAGCACGGGGCCCCCGAGCAGGCUGCGGCCGGCAAGAGCCACGGAGGCCUGGGCGGUGGCUACAAGGUGACGGUGUACGAGCUAGAGAACUUCCAGGGCAAGCGAUGCGAGCUCUCGGCGGAGUGUCCCAAUUUGACCGACAGCCUGCUGGAGAAGGUGGGCUCCAUCCAAGUGGAGUCCGGGCCGUGGCUGGCGUUUGAGCGCAGGUCCUUCCAGGGAGAGCAGUUUGUCCUGGAGAAGGGAGACUACCCUCGCUGGGAUGCCUGGUCCAACAGCCGCCACAGUGACAGCCUCCUGUCCCUCCGGCCUCUGGAAAUCGACGGCCCCGACCACAAGCUGCACCUGUUCGAGAACCCCGCCUUCAACGGCCGCAAGAUGGAGAUAGUGGACGACGACGUGCCCAGCCUGUGGGCGCACGGCUUCCAGGACCGCGUGGCCAGCAUCCGGGCCAUCAACGGGACGUGGGUCGGCUAUGAGUUCCCGGGCUACCGCGGGCGCCAGUACGUGCUGGAGCAGGGCGAGUACCGCCACUGGAACGAGUGGGACGCCAACCAGCCGCAGCUGCAGUCUGUGCGCCGCAUCCGCGACCAGAAGUGGCACAAGCGGGGCUGCUUCCUCAGCAGCUGAGGGGCACGGUCCCGCGGCCUUGGCCCGCCCUGGGUGGCCUCAGGGCAGGAAGAGGGGGCUCCAGGGUGGGGCGAGGGCCUGCUGUCCGCCUCCCCGAGUCUGCUCAAUAAACCCUGGGGUCAGUCCCCCACCUGCCACGUU